AUGGACAGAGAGUGUGUGUCCGUGCUGCCCCGGGUCUGCGAGGUGCUGGCGGCCCCCGCGAGCUGCCUGCCCGAUGACACCAGCCUGGAGAAACUGCUGGACUGGUUCACAGCGCUCACAAAGUCUGGGGUAUCUCUGCAGGAGACCUGCCCAUGUCUGCUCAAAUUCAUAUCCACUGUGGUUUACGACACCUCUUCAGACCCCAGCAUCCUCUCCUUUACCCUGAAGCUCACUGGCCUAGUGGGUGCCACUGAAGAAGGCUUUAAAGUUCUUCAGGAGUGCUCAGUGCUGGACCCAGCCUUUAACCCUCAGCGCUGGCAGGAAGCAGGACCAUGGGAGGAUCCAUGUUUACGAAUUGGAUGGAUUCAGGGAUGGAAAACAAUGCUGCAGCAUUCAGGGGCUCUCUUCUUUUUUGUACAAGCAGGUUUUAUUGAACAGCUCCUACACCUUCAGACAGACUCCAGUCUAUUCGUUGCUUCAGCUGCCAAUCAGAUGCUGGCUCAUGUCCUGCUCCUCUGUCAGAACGCUCCCUCUGAGGGGUUGAACGGUGUAGAUGAAGAAGACAACAAUAGCACGGGCGCCUCCAUCACAGACUUGAAGCGCCCGGCUGCCACCUUUAAAACGGAUAAAGACUGCCCUGCUGUCGUCGUGGAGAUUUCAGAGUACCUCAAGAAGUUGUUGGUUCCCAAAGAAGCUUCACAGCUUCACCAGAGCCAGCGGAUCCUCAAACUGCUGGCUCUGCUUCUGGCCCAGGCCAGGCCUCCUCUGCGGGAGAGGCUGCUGCUGAUGGUGGCGGACUCUCUGGAGGAGCUAGUGACCGCAGGCUACGGUCAGCUCACAGGGCCUCUGAUGGACGUCAUUCUAGCUGCACGCAGCAGUGGCGCUGAUGUUCCGGACCAACGCAUGUCCCGUCUUUUAUCCUUCAUGUUGAGCACGGGGAAGCCUGCCGACCUCGUCCACGCUGCGGCCGCCUUUCUGCGCCGCGGCCAUAAUGAUGGAACCCACUUGGCCCAGUCUGCUGGAGUUCUGCUGCUACCCCUAGACAUCGUUACCGGCCUUAGUUUGCUGGGCACAGGCACCUCAGAUCAGCAGCGACUGUCAAUGGUGGAGCAACUUAAGACCAAAACGUCUUGCAUCUCCAUGAUUUGUCUCAGUCUAACAAACGCACCGCAGAUUGCCCUGCUGGCCCCUGACUGCCGCCCCUGUGCUCCGGCUUUGAUUCUCACUGCCGUUUUGUCGUUACUGAGGAUGUGCAGUGGGGACACCACCACCUCGUCCCCUGGCUGUUUUGAAGUUUUCAGAAAUAUCACCGGCUGUGGCAAAGCGCAGAAAUGUGCUCUAGACGCUCUGUCAGCACUCAGCAGCUGCCCAGAAGUAAAAGUCAUGCUGCUUGAGGUGUUCACACAUCUUACACAGUGCCUGGCAAACCCUGAUUCUGACCCCGCUGUACUACAGAAGUCAUACCAGGCCUUAGUAAAGUGGAUCGGUGUUUGCACAGACCUCUCCUCCCUAUCAGACCAUCUCAGAGAAGAUCUCCUCCAGGUGGUGAGGAAGCGGGCGUGUGACAUGAGGUGGGAGGUUCGAGACUCCACGGUGGAGUUUGUGGGCCACCUGGCCGGACUGCGCGGACACCAGACCUCAGCAGAGAAGGUGUGCGACGCGUCUGAGGCUCUGCUGGGCGGCGGCAGCUUCACGACGCCUCUGCUGAAAGAGGCGCUGCAGGACCCAGAGAGCUACGUGAGAGCCAGCGCCAUCUCUGCCCUGGCUCACACACUGGCUCCCAGCUGGCAGCAGGGGGCAACCCUCACUCAGGAGCAGGUGGGCCAGGUUUUCUCACACUCCAUUCCAGGAACUGAAAUAGUGACCCGGCUGCUUGAAAUUCUGUCCCAGGAUACUGAGGGAUUUGCCAGGAGACCUGUUGUGCAGUACUUUAUCGCUUGGUUCUCCUCCUCAUCAUCCUCACCCUCCUCCGCCUGCCCCCUCCUCGUGCAGUCCGUGUGCUCCGUCCUGUCACGAGGCAGCGCCGACCUGGACUGGGAGGUCAAAGUUAAUACGCUGGAUCUGGCCGAGCUUCUGCUAGACCGGACCUUUUCAGGUCACCAUCGUUACCGAAAGGGACCAACCACAACCAACCACGGUCAACCACACCCCUACGCUGCGACGCCCGCUCCGACCCACACUCCAAAGACACACCCGCAGGAUGUGGAGUCGGAUUUGGUGGGCGUGCUGAAGGCUUUGGUGGAGCAGGGCGUCCUGUCCGUGCUGCUGAGCGGCCUGGCGGACUGCGACAGACCCGUUGGUCUGAAAGCCUGUCGACUGUUGAUAAGACUCAGAGACACAGUUUGCCCCCUGUCAUCCGAGGCUCAGGAUCCAGCUGUUGCCCCGGCGACCAACAGUGUGAACUUUGAACUGCCUGCAUGGGGUUGGGCGAAGGAGAUCAGACACAUGCUGGGAGAGAGGGGACGUUUGGAGGCAGCCACCGCUUCUGGUGAAGCAGCAAAGGAAGGCGUGAGCUCUGAGGGCCCGGCCCUCUCCAUCAGUGUGUGUGAGGCGUUGAGCUCUCUCGGAUUAGAUGAGAGGCUGGAAAUCCUGACUCAGAGCAGUGACCACAUUUACAACUCUCCUCUGUCCCUGCUGCAGGACAUUCUGACAGCCAGCACCGCUCACACUCAGCCGAACUCACAGCAGGGGCAAGAGGUCAUAGUGGACUGCUACUGA